AUGGCCAAGCGCCUUCUUCAGCACUCGACGUUUCUUCAUUGCCGUCCCGCCGCCCCUGUGAGUGGGUGUGCUGCGCCGAUGGAGGUCCUCUCGUUUAGGGCAACCGCCCGCCACAAGGCCAGCGUGCGCCAUUUCUCAUCAAAAUCAUGGAGACAAUAUCACAAGGAAAAUAAUCACGAAAACCACACAAGGGGAGGAUUUGGAUCGAGGCUGCGGUUCGCGUUGCGGAAUACCAAGGUAGAAUGGUACCCGAUUCCCGUCGGCCUGGGAAUCGGACUGCUAGGGGUGCUGCAUUUCUACAAGUCACAGCGUGCUGAACGUGAUCGCAUUGCACAGGGUGCUUCAGGUGAAGAUUGGGAGAAUGGGAAACGGCCACCACCGCGCCCGAGAAUCGUGCCGACGGGUCCUUGGCAGGUCCAGAUCAUGUCGACCUUGCCCCUGAAGGCUAUCUCGCGCCUGUGGGGUCGGUUCAACGAAAUCGAACUGCCAUACUACUUGCGCGUUCCUGGAUUCAAGCUCUACUCAUGGAUUUUUGGUGUCAACCUCAGCGAGGUGGCUGAGCCUGACCUGCAUGUCUAUCCGAACCUCGCCGCCUUCUUCUACCGCCAAUUGAAGCCCGGAGUGCGGCCUCUCGAUCCGGACCCACGUGCUCUUCUGUCGCCCUCGGACGGCCGCGUCUUGCAGUUUGGAAUGAUUGAGCGGGGCGAAGUGGAACAGGUCAAAGGAAUGACAUACAGUCUGGAUGCGCUGCUAGGCUCGGCUACCCCUGCGCACGCGGACCACAGCAACCGACUGACCGACUCGGAGAGACAAAACAGGCAGCAAGACGAGGAGAAUAUGAAGGCCGACUCGGAGUUUGCGAGCGUGAAUGGCAUUUCCUACACUCUCCCGUCGCUGCUGUCGGGCGAGUCGGGCGCAGCGCGACGAGGGUCGAUGGAUGCAUCCACCGCCUCGAAGACGACGUCAGAAGUCCAAGUGCAAGAGGAGCUGGCCCGUGGGGACGGAACUUCAUGGUGGGCACCCAAAUCGGCCGCUAACCAUGCGCUGUUCUACGUCGUGAUCUACCUGGCCCCCGGAGACUAUCACCGGUUCCACUCGCCCACCGAAUGGGUGGUGGAGAGCCGGCGGCACUUUGCGGGUGAACUAUACUCGGUCUCGCCCUAUCUGCAGCGAACACUGCCGGGUCUGUUCACUCUGAACGAACGUGUGGUGCUGCUGGGCCGCUGGCGCUGGGGAUUUUUCAGCUACACGCCAGUGGGCGCGACCAACGUCGGCUCGAUCAAAAUCAACUUCGACUCGGAGCUACGCACCAACAGCUUGCUGACUGACACUGCGGCGGACAUGGCGGCGGCCUUGGCGGCCGAGAGGGGCGAACCAGACCCCGGGUUUGUUGAGGCGACCUAUGCUCAUGCUAGUCGCACGCUGGGCGGACACCCGCUGCGGCGUGGCGAGGAAAUGGGUGGGUUCCAGCUCGGCAGCACGGUGGUGCUGGUGUUUGAAGCUCCUCUAGGCAGUCGGAAGUCGUUCGACGCCGGCUGGCCGGAGAACGAGCGACCCGACGGCUGGAACUGGAGCAUCGAGAAGGGCCAACGGGUCAAAAUGGGCGAGAAGCUGGGCUAUGUGGGGGAAGACUGA